GACCUCAGUUAACCUCUGAAAUACCCUGAGAAUGGAUUAUUGUUUGCUGGAUGAGGCCUUAACCGAGAGCUGCUUCACAGCUUGAAGAACAAACCCUAUAAUUAAUUGCAGUCAAUGUUCUUUUCUUCAGCUCUGAACCUCUUUCAUAAAUGGCUACACCGUUUCUUGCUGGAAUUGCUGUAGCAGCUGCUGCUCUUGCUGGAAGAUAUGGAAUUCAAGCUUGGCAAGCAUUCAAGGCUCGGCCACCUACACCUAAUAUCCACAAGUUCUAUGAUGGUGGUUUCCAACCUACAAUGACGAAAAGGGAAGCAGCUCUUAUUCUUGGCAUUAGGGAGAAUGCAACUCCAGACAAGGUUAAGGAAGCUCACAGAAGGGUGAUGGUUGCAAACCACCCAGAUGCAGGUGGCAGCCAUUACCUUGCUUCCAAAAUUAAUGAAGCAAAAGACAUAAUGCUUGGAAAGACGAAGGGAAGUGGAUCGGCCUUCUGAUACCCACUGAAAGUGAGUACCCAUGCUCCCUGGCCUCUUUUGUACUUGAAGAGUGGACCACUCCCUUUCACAAUAAGAAAGGGGAGAAGGGUUUUCCUGUGUUAUUUCUUAAUACCUGUUUGCAAAAUCCAUGCUCAGUCAAAUUCUGGGGCAUUUUAUUAGUCGUGCUAGCAUAUGAAGAAGCAUAUUCAAUUCUUUUAUAACCAGAGAGGUUUAUCUAUAUAUUAGAUAUACGGAAAUUAUUUGAGCUAUGAGCAUGGGAAAAAUGAGGACCUAUAAACAGUUUUAGUUGGAUACCCACGUGGGCACUGAAAUGUGUCUUUAGAGCAAUGAAUUGUGUCCACUGGGAAUCCAAUUUUUCCAGGCCUUGGCUCGUUUUUUUCAUUCCAGAUAUGAACAUAUCUUUUGGCUAUGAUUGAUGUUGGCAGACUGAUGGGCUGCAUUUAAUAUUUGUGGCCUGUAGGUGUGGAUGUUUCAACACAUUCCUACAGAUCAGUUCAGUAUUAUUAGUAAAAUCAAAUCUGUGCCGCAACGUCAGUUUUGAACAGGGUUUCCCUUUGUAAUAUUGAUGUUUCCAUUUUGCACUCUUUUCUCUGAUCUUGUAAUUCACUCUGUUCUCUUUUAGUAA